AUGCCCCCCUCAACAGUGGCAGAUUGUGGCUCCGAAGAGCUGUUUAUGGAUAUGCUUCUGCAAAACUUCCCCCGAUCAACCACUUCGUAUGACGCCAUCACCAUGGUGAUGAUCCUUGCUCCCUCGUUUGUGGCGGUUGUGUGUGAGGAAAAGGUGCAUCCACCCACGGUGAUUUCAAAUUUGGUCACUUUGGUGCUUGUAGCAUGGGUGGUCCGCUUCUUGUCAAUGUGGCCCUUGAAGUGGGUAUCGCACUUGAAGCUGGUGAGAACAAGCCUCCUCAACUUUGUCAAUUCAGUCAAGAUCGAGAUUGGCCAGGCCUUCUACUUGCCUGAGAUGGCUCUCAACAGAAGAGUGUUUGUGAGUAAUCUAGUGGUUGCUCAGAGACUCUUGUACUUGGAGAAAAUGGCGUGGCUAGGUGGGAUUAUAGCGACUUUCGUGGGUGCCUUGUUGAUGCUUCUCACAAGGAGGUACCUCAUUGCCUCUGCAACCUACAACUCGGAGGUUUUUGGUAAUGCCUCUCUUAUUUUGUUUGUGGUGUGGAACUUGUUCAAGUUAGCUCUGCAAUACUUGGAUUCGCUCAAGGAUUCCAUCACGUUUGCAAAAACGGCUACAGUGGAAAACAGCGUCAACGAAAACAACUUACUGUACUACAUCGAAAUGUUUUGUCUGGAGUCACCUGUGGAGCUCCCUACAAUGAGCCCCAAGAAGCCGAAGGAUUUGGCAAAACCGAAAGUGGAACCACCCAAGUCUCCAGCUUUCAGCCCAAAGAAGCUUAAUGUGAGGAGGCCAAAAAAACUAUCCGGGGUCAACUUGAAAAAGGCAGGCAAGCCACCUGCACAGGUCAGAUUUGAACCGUUGGAGAAGCAAGAGGGUAAUGAGAAGAGAAAAGAGGGGACAGAGUCUCAAAAAAAGGAGUCCUUUGAACCUAAAGACUCGGUAUCAAUAACUCCGUUCCCGUUGAAUGCUUCAUUAACCAGCUUUAGAAGGCGCCUUUCUGGAGUCACAAACACCACUGCAAUCGCUUACGCCUUCUCCUACACUGCCUUUGCUGCCACUCAGAGUGUAUAA